GGGAGAGGGAGAGGCUGGAUCAGUCUCCGUUCACUGGGAUGCAAGUAUGGACUGGAGCGAUGGAUGAGUCGCAUUAGUCAACUUACCACUCCAUUCCAUUCGACUCCACGCUCACCAAAGAUGCGCCGCCGCGGCCUCCUCCUCCUCCUCGUCUUCGUCGGCGGCAUCCUUCCGGCGUCCCGUGGCCUGCCGCUAUGCACAGACUCCAGGCCACCACUGGUGCUCAACAAGACGCUCACCUUCUGCGCCUACGCCGGGGCCAGCUGCUGCGACGCCGCCGCCGACGCCGCCGUGAACAAACAGUUCGAUGCCAUGAACGUCUCCGACGCAUCCUGCGCCGCCCUCCUCAAGGCCAUCCUCUGCGCGAAAUGUAAUCCGUAUUCUGCUGAGCUGUUCAACGCCGGCCCAAACAUCCGGACCAUCCCUUUCUUGUGCAACUCUACCUCAUCCACUUCUGCUCAAUCAAAGGACUCCACACAAGACUACUGCAAACUAGUCUGGGAAACUUGCAAAAAUGUGACCAUAUCCAACUCUCCCUUUCAACCACCUCUUCAAGGCAGUACACCACUUCCCAGUUUACCAUCGAAGCUUACUGAUGAUUGGCAGUCUGAAAUUGACUUCUGUAAAUCAUUCGGUGGUGCACCUAAUGACCAGUCUGUUUGCUUCAGCGGGAACUCUGUCUCAUUCAAUACCACGCCGCCUUCACCCUCUCCUAAAGGGAUAUGCCUAGAGAGGAUAGGUAACGGAUCAUACCUUAACAUGGCUCCUCACCCUGAUGGGUCCAAUAGAAUCUUCUUAGGCAGCCAACCUGGGAAGAUAUGGUUGGCAACAGUUCCUGAGCAGGGAUCUGGAGGCAUCCUGCAGUUUGAUGAGACAAGCCCAUUUGUUGAUCUAACCGACCAGGUGCAUUUUGAUUCGCAAUUUGGGCUCAUGGGCAUGGCAUUUCAUCCCAAUUUUGCAACCAAUGGCCGCUUCUUUGCCUCUUACAACUGUGAUAGGACAAAGUCACCCAGCUGUUCUGGUAGGUGCUCUUGCAACUCUGAUGUCGGCUGUGAUCCAUCAAAGGUUGGUCUGGAUAAUGGCGCUCAACCAUGCCAGUAUCAAGUUGUUGUAUCAGAGUAUUCUGCUAAAGGUUCUUCAUCAAAUGUUUCUGAGGUAACAUCUGCUGAUCCAUCUGAAGUCACAAGGAUCUUUACCAUGGGGCUGCCUUAUACAUCUCAACAUGGAGGUCAGAUCCUCUUUGGGCCUACUGAUGGAUAUCUCUACCUCAUGAUGGGGGAUGGUGGAGGAAAGGGGGACCCUUUUAACUUCUCUCAGAACAAAAAGUCACUUCUGGGGAAAAUUAUGAGGCUUGAUAUUGAUAAUGCACCAAGGCAGGGUGAAAUUUCUAACCAGAGUUUAUGGGGAAACUACUCCAUUCCAAAAGACAACCCAUACACAGAUGAUAGCGCCUUAGAACCAGAAGUUUGGGCAUUGGGUCUUAGAAACCCUUGGAGAUGCAGCUUUGAUUCUGAGAGACCUUCCUACUUCUAUUGUGCUGAUGUUGGUCAGGAUCAAUACGAGGAAGUAGAUUUGAUCUCCAAGGGAGGAAACUAUGGCUGGCGUGCAUACGAGGGCCCCCUUGUUUUCCAUCCACCUUCAGCGCCUGGAGGGAACACAUCCCUCAAUUCCAUAAACGCCAUUCCCCCUAUCAUGGGCUACAACCAUUCUGAUGUCAAUAAGAACAUCGGAUCUGCAUCGAUCAUAGGUGGUAAUGUUUAUCGAGGAUCUACAGACCCCUGCUUGUACGGAAGGUACUUAUAUGCUGACCUGUACGCAUCAGCGAUGUGGACUGGCACAGAGACUCCAGAGAGCAGUGGGAACUACAGCUCCAGUCUGAUUUCAUUCAGCUGCUCCAAGAGCUCUCCCAUAGCGUGUGACACUGCUGCUGGGAGCCCCCUCCCGUCACUUGGCUACAUAUAUUCCUUCGGCCAGGACAACAACAAGGACACCUACGUCCUGUCGAGCAAAGGCGUGUACCGAGUUGUUCGGCCCAGCCUCUGCAGCUACACCUGUGCAACAGAGAAACCUGCAGCCAACACGCCCCCUGCUGCUUCGUCGGCGGCAUCUGUGACAGAAACUGGAGCUCUUCUGCUGUCGGUUGUUGUGUUCUGGGUUUUGGUAAGAUAGUAUCCGUCUCCUAUCCUCACAUGUCUUGGUAUGAGCUGCAGAUCAACCUGAUCCUACAUUACUAUGUACUGGUAGUACAUAUAUUCAGAUGCUACAUAUGGUGUGUGCAAGUAAUAAGUCAUCAGUACAUAUAUAAAUUGAGAAAAAUAAACCUUGCGCUGUUAACUAGUAGUCGUGAUUUCGUUCCUGAAUCCUGAUGCGCUGCGACUAUCAUUGUUGCCUCUAUCGGGAUUAUGUAUCCAUUGAUUGAUGUCUUAUGCAUCGAUACUCUCUCUCCCAUGGCACUAGCAACGAAGA